AAAGCAGCCAAUCUCCCCAACAGGCUUUCUAAAGUGUGAGGGUGGCAGUUUCAAUAAAAAUUAGUCUCUACUGCAAAGGAAACUGAAAACAAUAAUUGAAAAUCGCCUUUAAAGUUGCCUGAAAAGUUCUUGAGUCUUGCAAUUUGAAGUACUGCAGGAACUCUGCGUACGGAGGUACUGUGGUUAAGUCAGCUUAGAGUGUGUGUGUGUGAGAGAGACAGAGAGAGAGACAAAGGCAGUAACAGCUAGCAGGUGAGGAAACAAUGACACAGAUAAGCGGAAGAGAUACACCUUAAUGCAGAAAAGGAAUCGGAAAGAGCAAGCCACUUCUCUGAGGUGUGGACUGCAAGUGUUCAAGAUAAGGACUGUUCUUCCACAGUAGCAGUUAAAAGUUUUGUCCUCGACGACACUCUCUUCCAGUCAUUGAAGCUCUGCGUUUGCUGUGCAUUUCCCAGCGUUAUGUGCGGUUGACUUCUUAAGAAUGGAAAUGAAGCUCCUGUGCCUGGAAAUGUUGAUGCUGCUGGCUAGUAUGACCUCGGCAUUACCCACGGAAGGGUACUACACGGAUUACGGAGGACGACGGUGCCGGUGGUGCCCCCCAGGACAGUAUCAGGCAGACUGCAACGAGUGCUCCCCCUGCCCCUCUGGGUCCUUCACCUCAAAGUGGAACCGCGAGGACAUGUGCCAUCCCUGCAACCUGGACUGCAGGAAAGACUUUCAUCUGCAGGUCGUCCAGCCGUGCAGCGCUGUUUCAGACGCGGUGUGCAAAUGCAUCGACGGCUUCGCCUGCAGGGCCUUUGACUCCACAACGGGACAGUGCAGUCAAUGCGACGUGGACGUUCUUUCGACUUUGCCACCUGCACUCACAAAGCACCAGACUGAGACCACCUGUGCACCUGGAAACUGUGACCUUCAAACCCACAGUGUGUCCCCGACAGAAACCGCCCUUCGCGGGCCUGACACAGGGGACAGAGCGCUGUGGUGGUGCGUUGGCCUUGUUGUUGUAUUCCUGGUGAUUCUUCUGUUGACGCCUGCUGUCUUUAUGUGGAGACGCAGAGAGGGAACGUGUCUGAAAGAAUUUUUCAAGUUGUGUUCAGUUGGUGGCCACAAGGGGGAAAAUGAGGUUACUGCUGACCAACCCUGUGCGAUAUCUGGACAGCUUUUUUCCAAAGAAGCACACUGGAAUGCAGAAUCAUUGACCAAUCCCAACAGAGAGAACCACGCUGAUCAGCCAAUCAGCAUAGACCAAGCCUCAAAAGUCACUGGCAAUUUGGGUCCAUUCCACAUAUACAGUGCAGGAUCAGUGUUCGUCAGUCUGCUGAACCACUUUGCAAACCCAGAGGGAAAGACGGAGGGAGGGAAUACAGCACAAAAAGAGGAGACCCCCUCUCCCCCUUCUCCCACUUCUCCUCCCAUCCACCUGUCAGAAGAGGAGCGGGACGCAGAGAAAGACUGCAUUUUCUUUCCGUUGCAAGAACAAGGGAAAGAGAGUCACUUGUCGAAAGAGGAGGAGGAGAUUUGUUGUCAACAGAAGGAGAAAUGACAAUCAAAUUAAAAGUGUAUUUAUUUCUAUUUCUCAUAAAUCCCCCUAACUUGUAAAUAUUUCUAUAGGUACUGUAGAUUGUUUGGUUGUCUUUGAAAAUAAUGGAACCAUCAUAUCAAUUAUAAUGUAUAUAUUUUGUUUACUCUUAUAGUAGACAUUUAAUUGUUGUUUAAUAUUCCAAUUAUAUUAAUUUUUUAAAAAAUAUUUGCAACUGUUUUUAACUUAAGUUCACUUGCUGAACUGUGUCUGUGCAAAUGUUUUUAGUUUCUUUAAAGCAUUGACAUGGUUAACUAUUUAAAUGUAUAUAUUUGAAUUAAAUGUCAACAACUUAAUGUGGGCUAUUGCAACCCAAAUCAAUAUAUACAUGAUAUUUUGUGUGUGUGCAUGUGUAUACGCGCGUGUAUACACUCAACAGUGUAAUUCUUCCUCCUGUCUUUUUCUCUCCUUUUGUUCUUUGCUCCCUUUCUUUCUCCUCCUAUCCGAUUUCUUGUUUCUGUCAUUGUACAUUUUGACGCAUUGUUUACCCAGAAUAUAUUGCUGUUUGUUCUUUGUAAUGUUAAAAUGGCUAUCAGCCGUCUGUGUCUGUCCAUCAAGGAUAAAGCAUUCCUACACUUCCAGCUUUUCACACACUUCCUGAACAGGCAUUUUCCCCUCCUCCUCCGUGCACUGAUUCGGUGUGGCUGUCUCUCUGGCAACCCGGCACCCUGAUGGACCAAUCAAAUCAAUGUGUCAGAUUGGAAACACUCCUUUUUCCUUUGGAAAUCUUUUGGUCAUACAAAUAGUGCUCACACAACAUACUGUAUGUAGUUACAUGCAUGCCUCCUCACAUACAAUAUUUACACAUGCACUGUGAUAGAUUUGCAAAGAGCAUAUGCCUUGGUUUCCAGGCCAAUGUUUCUCAAUGUUAGAUUCGUAUUGCUGAGUGGCAUUUUUGCAAAUGGCUAAAAAAAAUUUGAACUGACCCUUUGUUGUUCUCCAGAUCCAUCGCAAUUCAUUUUUGUUUCUAGAGAUGAGAAUGACAAAGAUCAGCAGUGUGCAACAACACACUAUAAGAACAAUGUGAGUGGACCACAUGCUGGAAGAAGGCCCUGGGAAAGGAGAGGGGGAGAGAGAGACAAAGAGAAAGACGGAGACAGAGAGAGAAAGUAAAUAUAGCAGACUACUAAACACAGCAGAAUUUCACUUGUGCUAAAAGGGGAUUUGAAACUAGAAAUACAUGUUGUGGCAAUUUUUAUAAUUACUACCGUGGUGGCAAAUUUCUGUUCUGCUUUUUGCCAAAGCACUGCAUGAUUCACUUCGCUAUCGUUUAAAUUCAUAGUCCAAGUUACCUUCCUUAACAGGCUUUACUCCUGGGGCCGUUGAUACUUCUGUCAAAAUACACAACACACAGGAAAAACCGAUCACUAUACAGGUUUAAGAAUAUGCAAUUCCCCCUACCCUGUUAAAGAUAAACUCAAAAACUGUGAAUACAGGUGCACAGAAAAUCUUUUUCAGUAUUCCACAUUUUAUUUGGCUUAAUAAUUUAUGUGAUCUGAAAUAAAAAAUAAAAAAAAAGACUGUAACUGUA